CCAUUUCAUAUAUCAAAAUCAAUCUCCCAAUUUGACUUCUCUUAGGGUUUUCUUCAUUUCUUCACAAAAAACCAAAAUUUGUAGAUUUAUUCUUCACCUAGAUUUACUCUAUAUAUAAUUUCUCUGUACAUACUAUUCUCCAAAAAUUUCAUUUCUUCUUUGUAAAAAACCAAAAUUUCCAAUUUUUUCAGUUAGGGUUUGUAAAAAAAAAUUCAGAUUUGUUUGAUUUUUCGGAUUUAAAAGUUACGGGUUUUGAUUUUUGGUUGGAUUUGACAAAAGGGGUUCAAAAAAAGGUUGGAUUUUGAUUUUUGAUGAUGGCUGUACCUACAAUUGCACUCUAUGCAAGUCCACCAAGUUCUGUAUCUCAUCCAUGUUCAAUUAAUUCUUCUCAUUCAAACUCUGACUAUGAAUUGAUGAAUUCUCGUUGUUGUUCAUCAUCUCCAUCAUCUUCUUCAUCAUCACAUAAACCGGUAACUGGUGGCCUUUCCCUUUUGUUUAGUUCCAAUUCCGUUCGUCAUUCAUCUUCAACAUCAGCAAGCUUUAAUAAUGGAGGUGAUGAUUUAGGAUCAGGGUUAGGAUUAGAUUUAGGAUCUUCAUUUAAGUAUAACAGUAGUAGUAGUAGAGAUCAUCAUAGUCCUGUAUCUGUGUUCCAAGGUCCUGUUUCAGGUAGUAGUGUUGGUUCUUCUGCCUCGUCUUCCAGGAGUUCUCCGAUGAGAAUUUCAUCGUCUUCGAGUGGAUUGUUUAAUGGGUUCGUGAGAAAUGCUAUAGAUUCUGCUUGUCUUGAUUAUGAUUCACGAAGUUUCGGCAUAGAAGAAUCUACUUUUGCUACUACUAGUGGUCUGGUUGAUGAGCUUACUUUUAGUAUGGAAGGUAAUUUUAGUGUUGUUGAUCCAUAUGUUAAAGAAUUACUAGUGAAUGCUCAAUCAAGGCAUAAGAUUUUCUAUGAAGAUAUUGUUGUUAAAGCAUUUCAUGAAGCUGAGAAAGCUCACCGAGGACAGAUGAGAGCAAGUGGUGACCCAUAUUUGCAGCAUUGCCUUGAAACUGCGAUGUUGCUUGCUACGAUUGGUGCUAAUCCUACAGUGGUUGCAGCUGGGUUACUUCAUGAUACACUUGACGAUUCUUUUAUGAGUGUUGAUUAUAUUGUUAGUACAUUUGGGGAUGGAGUUGCUGAUCUUGUUAAAGGGGUAUCAAAGCUGAGCCAUCUGAGCAAGCUUGCACGUGAGAAUAACACUGCAAACAAAACUGUUGAGGCAGAUCGCUUACAUACCAUGUUUCUUGCAAUGGCAGAUGCAAGGGCCGUUCUCAUCAAACUUGCAGAUCGUAUGCAUAAUAUGAUGACACUAGAGGCUUUGCCUCCGGCCAAGCAAAAGAGGUUCGCGAAGGAAACUUUAGAAAUUUUCACUCCAUUGGCCAAUCGCCUUGGGAUCUCUAGUUGGAAGGAUCGCUUGGAAAACAUGUGUUUCAAGUAUCUCAAACCAGACCAGCACGAUUUACUGUCCUCCAAGCUUGUGAAGUCCUUUGAUGAUGAAAUGAUUACUUCUUCAGUAGAAAAAUUGGAACAAGCUCUCAAGGAUGGAGCAGUUUCUUACCACGUUUUAUCUGGGCGGCACAAGAGCUUGUAUAGCAUUUAUUCCAAGAUGAUAAAGAAGAAGCUAUCAAUGGAUCAAAUCCACGACAUACACGGGUUAAGAGUGAUUGUUGAGAACGAGGAAGACUGUUAUACCGCACUUAAGAUUGUUCAUCAGCUAUGGCCUGAAGUGCCUGGAAAGUUUAAAGAUUACAUAAUCCAUCCCAAAUUCAACGGGUAUCAAUCUCUUCAUACUGUGGUAAUGGGGGAAGACAUGUUUCCUUUGGAGGUUCAAAUCCGAACAAAGGAGAUGCAUUUACAAGCUGAGUGUGGGUUUGCUGCUCACUGGAUGUAUAAGGAAGGUGACACUGCAUAUUCUUCGUAUGUACUUCAGAUGGUGGAAUGGGCUCGGUGGGUAGUCACUUGGCAGUGUGAGACCAUGUCAAAAGAACAAACUUCUUGCAUCGGUGAUGCUGAUUCCAUCAGGCCAGCUUGUCCUUUCCCUUCACAUUCAGAUGACUGUCCCUACUCUUACGCGCCUCAAUGUACCCAAGAUGGUCCUGUUUUUAUCAUCAUGAUGGAGAAUGAGAAGAUGUCAGUGCAGGAAUUUCCAGCAAACUCGACUGUAAUGGAUUUGCUGACACGAGUAGGCCGCGGAAGCUUGAGGUGGUCUCCCUCUCCCUACCGGUUCCCCAUGAAAGAAGAGUUGAGGCCAAGGAUCAACCGUGAACCUGUGACUGACCUAUCUCUCAAACUCCAAAUGGGAGAUGUAGUUGAAUUGACUCCGACAAUACCUGAUAAAUCUCUUACAGAAUAUAGAGAGGAGAUCCAGCGUAUGUAUGACCAAGGCCGUGGCCGUUAUGCGGUUUCAGGCAGUAGGGCUGCUUCAAGUAGGGUUGGUUGGUGACGUUAACACAUCCUAACACCCUCCUCCUCAGUAUAUAUAUUUGUAAUCAGUUCAUAAGAACAUCCAUUCAUUUUAUACUGCUCUGAAAUUAGAGGUAACAAAUACGUUACGCGAGAAGGUUGUUUCAUUUGUAUAUAUAUAAAAAUGAAAACCCUGUACAGUAAACAUUCUAUUUCUUGAUUAUUGCACGCAAGGAAUGGUUGCCAUUGUAGGAGCUUUAUUUUUCAUCCCAAAGAAAUGAAAUUUUCCAAGUUCUGUUAAAA